AUGGCCCAUAUACUCGCGCCCGCUACCGCCCCGGCUACCGAAUUGGGUCGCUACCGGAUCCUCUCCUCCACCGCCGGAGUUCGAGUCUCCCCACUUCAGCUGGGAGCCAUGAGCAUUGGCCAAGCAUGGGAGAAGGAGUUGGGUUCCAUGGACAAAGAAGCUUCAUUCGGACUCCUCGAUGAAUACGUCUCGAGUGGGGGAAACUUCAUGGAUACCGCCAACGAUUAUCAAGAUGAUGAAUCCGAGGCCUGGCUCGGUGAAUAUUUCGAGAAGAGGGGUACCCGCGAUCAAAUGGUCAUCGCCACGAAGUACACCACGCAUUAUCGCAAGCACGACCUAGGCCUGGCGGGAAUCAAUUACUCGGGGAACCACAAGAAGUCCCUUCGCCUCAGUGUGGAGGCGAGCUUGAAAAAGCUUCGUACCUCCUAUAUCGACAUCCUCUACCUGCAUUGGUGGGACCACACCACCUCGAUUGAAGAAAUCAUGGACUCCCUCCACGUCCUCGUAGAGCAAGGCAAAAUCCUGUACUUGGGCAUGUCGGACACCCCAGCAUGGAUUGUUAGCGCCGCCAACUACUACGCCCGCGCCACGGGCAAGACUCCCAUCAGUAUUUACCAAGGCCGGUGGAGCGUCAUGCUGCGCGACUUCGAACGAGAGAUCAUCCCAAUGGCACGCCAUUUCGGAAUGGCACUUGCUCCAUGGGGUGCCAUGGGUGCUGGCAAGUUCCAAUCGAAAGAAGCAAUUGAAGAGCGGAAGCGUAAAGGCGAGCCACUUCGAAGCAUCCGGGGCUCUGAGCAAUCCGAGGAUGAGGUCAAGAUCAGCGAAGCUCUCUGUAACGUCGCUGCCGAGCAUAGCAGCGAAAGUCCGACUGCGAUUGCUCUGGCCUAUGUCAUGAGCAAGUAUCCCUAUACGUAUCCCAUUCUUGGGGGUAGGAAGGUCGAGCACCUGAGGGACAACAUCGCGUGUCUGAAAAUCACUCUGACGGAACGACAAAUCGAGUACUUGGAAGGCAUCAUUCCUUUCGACCCGGGAUUCCCCAGCAAUCUCAUAGGGCCGGAUCCGAAGGUUACUGGGAAAGCUACCGCAUUACUGGCUGCCAGCGGAAAUUUCAACUUUGCGAUCGCCAAGUAA